GUUUUCUCAGUACGUGCAGAUAACACUAGAGAACGCCUUGAAGCAGAUGACUUGUCAGACGUAGAAAAUGGAUUAUGUAGACGGUACGUUUACAUACGAGAGUGCAACUGUAGCCUGUGCUGACUUCCCCAAAACUGAGGAACCAGUGUACAUCUUAGGGAAAGUCUACAGUGCACUACAUGACCGAGAGGAGCUGCGGCAUGACUUUGUGUCGAGGUUAUGGUUGACAUACAGGAGAAAUUUCCCUGCUGUAGGUGGUACAGGUCCCACAGGAGACACAGGUUGGGGAUGUAUGUUGCGCUGUGGUCAAAUGAUGUUAGCUCAAGCCCUUCUCGUUCACCAUUGUGGAAGAGACUGGAGGUGGGCCGAGGACGGACGGCGGGAAGACAUGUACUGGAAGAUUCUUAGUAUGUUCCAGGACAAAAAGAGUGCCUACUACUCUAUACAGCAGAUAGCAUCUAUGGGUGUGUCCGAGGGAAAGGCAGUUGGCCAGUGGUUUGGACCCAACACCGUGGCACAAGUGCUAAAGAAGCUGGCAGUUUAUGAUGAUUGGUCCAAUCUUGUAAUACAUGUAGCUAUGGACAACACUGUGAUAGAAAAUGAUAUUCGAGGUCUGUGUCAGGAAGGUAGAGAGUCAGAAAGCUGUGAUAUUAUGGGAUGUCAGAAUGAAAAGGGAGCAGAAGGCGGACCAAGACACUUUGACAAAAACCACAAACUCAAAGGGAAGCCAGGAUGUUGGAAACCUCUUCUUCUUGUUAUUCCACUUAGACUAGGUCUAACAGACAUCAACUCUGUAUAUAUAGAAAGUCUGAAAAGAUGUUUUACCUUCAAACAAAGUGUAGGUAUAAUUGGAGGUCGACCAAACCAUGCUCACUGGUUUGUAGGGUCCUUAGGUGACAAGCUGAUAUUCCUGGACCCACAUACAACACAGGCGGCCACUGACCUGGACGAUCCCUCAAGUAGUGAUCAGAGCUACCACUGUCAGUAUCCCAGCCUGAUGAAGGUUACGGAGCUGGACCCGUCCAUAGCCGUCGGGUUUUAUUGCCGUAAUGAGGAAGACUUCACAGACUUCUGUAUUCAGGCUCGUAAACACAUCACAGAUGCCAAAAAGACACCCAUGUUUGAAAUGUUCCAGGAUCGUCCUUCCCACUACCCUCCAUACGAACCCUAUACUGGGCUGACACCUUCUACCACAGGUUUCACCGAAGUAAGAGCACAAAAUGACAGUGAUGAAGAAUUUGAGUUGGUCGGAUAACCAGGCUUGAUCAAACAGAUAACUGGAUGAUCAGUUCACAGACUGUGUUCUAACAAUGCAAUGAAUUCAACAAUUAAUGAAGUUUGUCAAAACAAGAAGUCUGAUUGGAUGAUUUUACUUCGUUUUAUAAAUCUGAUUGGUUGGUUUUGUCACCAAUGACCUUUGUGAUUAAGGAGUUGGCAUGAAAAUUAUUUAAGGGUAUAAAAAAUAUCCAUGUAAAUCGAAUAUUUAUAAUUGAUAAUUAGUGAUAAAGGAUGCUGUGAAGUGACUGAUAAGAAGCAAGUGUUGUAAUAUUAUUGCAUCCUCAAAACCACAGGGGUAAUGUUCACUUACAUGAACACCUGACUUGGAGGUCAGUCAAUUUUACCAUUAUGUUGCCACACAACUCUUUUAAUGUACACAUAAAAGGAUCAAAUUAGUUCCCCUGACUCCUCUACAAGGUGACCUGUACAGAACUUUGAUUUUGUCAUGACACAUUCAGAGGUGCCUUGAAGGUACAUGUAAGAGAGUGUCACCCCUGGAAUUUGGAGGAUGAUUAUUACCAGUGGCGUAGCAAAUAAUUGUUGGGAGUGUAUGCUUAUUACAUAGCUGGAGAAAUUUCUACUGGACCCUAGAAGCAAUCUACCGUGUUCUUGGAACACCUUUUAGUCUGAUUAUUAACAAGUAACAAUUUUACUUGCUAAAAAGGGCCUUGAAAUGAUUAUCUGAGAACAAUACGGGAUAAUAUGUUUCGUUGGACUAAAAUUUUCAAGAAGAUUUUUUAGGUCACCUGAGACAAAGUCUACAAGGUCAAUUGUGAAAUUGAAAAUUGUG